AUGGAUCCGACUUGCCAACACCCUCAGCGUCCUCCCGAAAAGGCCACGGACCCACGAAGACGGCCAACGGCAGCAGUCCAAGGAGAUCCCAGCGCCACAGGUGACACUUCGACUAUUGCAAAUGUCGAUGGUCCAUCAGACAAUCCGGGCGAGAGCUCGCCCAAACCCCGAGAUGUUCAAAUGUCCGAACCGUUACAGAGCCCGCCCUGGAAGGUGAAGGCCAUGGAGCAUUUACUGUUGGUACAGGAAGCUGGCUUCAAUUACAGCAAGCAGAAGUCCGAGAUCACUGCACUAAAGGCCGCCCGAGCUGACAAAAUCGAGAGACGCAAGCAGGCCGAGACUGGUGCAGCAAAUGUGCCAUCUGUCCUUAAGCACCUGAAACGAGAAGAGCAUACGGCAGACCAUGCCUACAGAAAGGCUGUCGAUCAGACCACUUCGCUCGUGCCUGCUGUACGCUUUCAAGCUGAGGCGAUGAUUGAACAGUUACUCGCCGGCGUGAAUGAUGCUAUUGCAAAUGCGACCACUACAGCUUCGAACAGGUCUGCCAGGGAGGACUUCAACGCGCAAUUUGAGACUCUUAAGUCUGACAUACAGAACCAGUUCCAAGGCCUCCCCGAUCACACUACAAAGAUGCAAGCCAUUCAGGAUGACAAUGCUCGACUGCGCUCUGAGAUGGAUGCCAUCAAAGCUAACGUCGCGAAGGCCAGCGGAUCUUCAUUAGCGACACGACAGCUGUGUACGAGUCAGGCCUCUGAGAUUGAGUCGCUCAAGAGAAGUCUGGCUUCGCAGUCGGAGCUUACCACGGAUCUGCGCAAGCAACUUGACAAGAUCCAAACAUCCACAGAGGCCGCCUCGGACCUCCGAGUUGAGCUGGACGCAUUCAAGAAAGAGCUACGUGAAGCCCGCCCCGUAACUGUCACACCCUCGCCCACAGAUCAGUCUACAUCGCUACCAAGCUCUUACAUUGAGACGUACAACAAUGACCAGGAAGCAAUACAGAAAGACAUGAGAUCGUUGAGAAGUACAAUGCAGACCUUGGAGGCACAGAUCAAGAGCCUUGAUGGCCGCAACGAGAAGACCUCUGCGAUGGCUUACGAAACGAACGGAACAGUCAAAAGCAUGGACACGAGAGUUAACGAUAUUAUGAAGCAAGUUAGUCGUCUAGACGCUAAAGCUACGCCUACCGCGCCGCAACAAUUUCCAUCGCCUCCAGAACGACCGCUGUCGCUUGUCGCCGCCCAGGCGGGCCCUAAGCUGGAAAUGGAAUUCCAGAAGUUCGUCACCGCAACGACCAACCGGGCAAUGGCCACCGACAAUCACCUCCAGAACCUGUCGAAUGAGUCAAAGGCCAAUGCCCACGCCAUCCGAUCACUUAGUGCGCGCUACAAUAAUAUCACGACAGAGGGUCUCUAUCAACAAAUAAUGAUUGUGCUCGCUCCGAAGCUGUCCAAGAUGGACAAAGAUCAUGCUGAAAUCAAAGCUCAGCUCGGCCAACUCAGUCAAAUUGCACAGGAACUUCCGGCCCUUGAAGAGUGGAAACGGAAACACACCGCGCGGGUGGACGCUCUGACUCUACGAGUAAAUGCUUUCGAAGAGCGCUAUGGUCCAAAUCAUACAAAGGAGAUAUCAGAUCGGAUCCGGGAAGGACUCCAGGUCGAGAUUUCACAAAUCAAGGCUGAUCUGGACACUGAGAAGCUACAGCAUCAAGCUCUGUCGACUAGGCUGAACACUGUAGCUGAAGACAGCAUCCCGCCAGUGGUGCAGCGUCUCAGGGACCUUGAGUCCGAUGUCCAGAAGAUCCACAAUGAAGUUGAAGCUCCUCUCGACACCAUUGAUAAAUUGACAACCAAGCAUGACGAGCAGCUCGAUACGAUCGAGAAGUCUUUGCAGGAAGCGACUGCCACUACGAAAGAGCUCAGCGACUCACAGCGGGAGUUGAAGGCCUCUAUACUCGAACAGAUCAAGCAGGAUUGCAUUAAAGUCAUCGAGGAUAUGAAGGCCUCCUCGUCUGAGGAACAGCCUCCGAGUCCGACCACUGAGGGGCAUGAUGGACUGCGCAAGAGCGUCAAAGACCUGACGGCAGCAGUGAUUAAAGAGAGGACGGAUCUGCGCGAGCGGAUUACUGUGCUCGAAGAUCAACUCAAAGUCGUGCAAGUCAAACCAGAAACAAGUGACCUUGGAGACAUUUUGAAGACCAUCGAGAAGAUGAACGCAACCCUGAAAACACACAGCGAUCACUUUAAAGCAAUGGAUGACGGUCUCCUCAAGAGUUUCCAGGUUGGCCGGGACGAGUCAUCUAAAGCGCCAAAGGCCGCCUCGGACCUUCCUAGUGAGGCCACCGAUGCGACAGACCCUUUCAAGUUCAAGACCGUGCCAACGGGACCUAGAGGAUCCAUUGCAUCACGUAUCUCAUCCAGCACGUCGACUCCAGUUUCAGCUCCAGCGAAAAGCUCGGGUAGCAAGACAUCCAAAGCCCGCCCGAGCCCGAAUUCGAGCAGUCCUGUGGCCUCCGCUGGGCUGAAACGACGAGCUGCAUCGCCGGCUGACAAGCGGUCACAAUCCCAGAAGCGGUCACGUGCUACGUCUAAACAGCCUUCGGCUUCUACUUCCUGGAUGCAGCCAAUAGAUCUGUCCUCCGACGAGGAACCAGCCGGCACUACAGAGCGCUCCCAAGGCAUCUCAAUUCGUGGAGCUGCUUCGGAUCGUAAUGGUCGGCGUCAGCAUUCCUCUAAGAAUCGGAGUCCUGAGAUCUGA